UUGGGUACAAACAAGAUUAUUCGUUUCUUCUUCCAGGAAAAAUUACCACUUUCGAGUUUUGGCGCCAGCCUCAUAGUCCUCCUUAAUAAUAAGGACGUAAUCACAGUGUGCAAAGUCGAUAUUCGUUGGCAUUUCCCUUUUCCAAAAAUUCGACACCUCAUUGCUAAGGGUUACGUGGUUUGUGAUUUGCCUUCACAGUUCAAUGUUGAUGUCUUUCGCAACCAAGCGACUAAGUGCAAUACACUGUUAUGUGGUCUGGAGAUGUUGGCAUGCUUACGCCGUGCCAAUCCUUUCCUGGCUCUUAUCAAGAAACAAGAAACCAUCGACUGUGGAAAAAUGGAGUCCAAAAGUCCCUUCCAUGAACUGACUCCAGAUGAGGUUCCAUACAGGAACCCCUUUGUGCAUCGUUUCAGUAUUCCGCCGCUGCGUCGAUUCCAGGUAACUUGUAGCCUACAGACCGUUUUGCUGCCGCUCUUCAACUUCUUUGGACGACUAGUAUUCUUUUUUGCGGGCUUCCAAUGGAUCACCACAAAGGGUACCCGGGCCAGCCCAGAUGAGGCUCCCAUCAUUGUGCUUGCGCCACACUCCUCCUUCUUUGAUUCCCUUCUUGUGGUAGCGCUCGGUCUGCCCUCAGUCGUGGGCAAGACCGAAACAGCCAAUUCCCCCAUUGGAUGCCUAAUUAAAAUGACUCAGCCCAUUUUAGUAAAUCGCGACGACCCCUCCUCUCGACAGAACACCCUGCGGGAAAUUAAUCGGCGUUCGCAGUCCAAUGGCGAAUGGCCCCAGAUUCUCAUCUUCCCUGAGGGCACAUGCACUAAUAGGUCCUGUCUGAUUAAUUACAAACAAGGUACGUCAGUUUCUUCUACCUUCUAUUCAUUGUUCUGCGAAAUUUACUUGCAGUUCAUUCCACAAAACCCGCCUAACUUGUCGUGGGCUGUUUCAGCCGUAUGCUUCCUAAUGAGCCAGCUACAGACUUGUUCACCGUAG